AAUGCAAGGAACUAGUUAACAAACACAAUGAAACAAAACACAAAGCUCACACAACUAUGCCAAAUUUUAAUGGUAACAAUAACCAUGGUAACACUAUCUGCAUCCAAUGAAUCCUUUUCUUCAUCCUUACCCGGUUGCAAAAACACAUGUGGAAAUGUAGAAAUUCCAUAUCCAUUUGGAAUAUCAAAUUCAUCAAUACCAACUCAAGGUCGCUGUUACCUAGAGUCCAAAUUUGAACUCAUAUGUGAAAACAACAGAAACUUAUUUUGGGACGGCGUACCAGUUACCAACAUAAAUUUCCUCCAAGGUCAACUAAGUGUGUUAAAUUAUGUCUCAAGUUAUUGUACUAACAAAGAAAAUAUUUCCAGUUAUCUGCCAAGUUUAGACACUGCCGGCACGUUCAGCAUAUCACGCAAAGAAAACAAGUUCUUAACAGUUGGUUGUGAUAGUUACGGUAUUCUCAACAGCAUUUACGACAAGGAAACAUAUUCCAUCGGUUGCUUAACAAUAUGUAACGGUAAUCGAAAGAGAAUUGAAAAUGGAACAUGUUCUGGUAUUGGUUGUUGUGAAGUUGAUAUUCCACCUAAGAUGAGGAAUAUAACUAUAGAAGCUUUUGCUUUUUUUAAUUCCAAUGAAUCUUUGAGAUGUAGAUAUUCUUUUGUUGUUAAAAAUGGAGCUUAUAAUUUUUCUGUUUCUCAUUUGGACAAAUUUCCUCACACGGAGCUUCCUUUGAUUCUUGAUUGGAGUGUUGCAAGUGAAAAUUGUAAGGCUUCAAAGGGUAAAGAUGGUUAUGCUUGCAUGAAGAAUAGUGUUUGUGACGAUGAAGACAUUGAUUUUGGUUACCGAUGCAAAUGUAAGGAUGGUUUUGAAGGAAACCCGUAUCUUCCAGAUGGCUGCAAAGACAUUAACGAAUGUAAGACAGGGAAUAACACAUGCAUAUAUAAAGAUCACUGUCACAACAUUGAUGGAUCUUACAAAUGCUUUUGUCCGAAGGGGCAAUCCGGCAAUGGAACAAGGGAAGGAGGGUGUCAUACACAAGAUGUAGUUAUCAAGGUUGUCAUUGGAUCAAGUGCUGGAAUCGUUAUUCUAUUUGUGGGGAUUUCAUCUCUAUACUUGAUAUACCAAAAAAGAAAACUCAUCAAACUAAAACAAAAAUUCUUUCAACAAAAUGGUGGUUUCAUUUUGCUACAAAAACUCUUUACAAGAGAAGACACGUCUCAAUCAGCUCAGAUAUUCACAGAAAAGGAACUUAAAAAAGCUACCAACAGCUACGACGAAAGCUUAAUCAUUGGAAGAGGAGGUUUCGGUACAAUUUUCAAAGGAGUUUUACCCGAUAACAGAAUCGUGGCUGUCAAAAAGUCCAGAAUAAUAGACGCAAAUCAAAUCGAGCAAUUCAUUAAUGAGGUAGUUAUUCUGUCCCAAAUAAAUCAUAGGAAUGUUGUCAAACUUUUAGGGUGUUGUUUAGAGACAGAAGUUCCUUCCUUGGUCUAUGAAUUCGUUAGCCACGGUACACUUUUCGAUUUCAUACAAAAUACUAAGAAUAAAAUAAAUAAUCCAAGAUGGGAAACACGUCUAAGGAUAGCAGCAGAGACAGCUGGAGCUUUAUCGUAUCUACAUUCAUCUGCAUCAUUUCCAAUUAUCCAUAGAGAUGUUAAGAGUACCAACAUUCUCUUGGAUGACAAUUACACUGCAAAAGUUUCCGAUUUCGGAGCUUCCAAAUUGGUUCCACUUGAUCAAACCGAGAUAGCAACAGUGGUACAAGGAACACUUGGAUACUUAGACCCAGAGUACAUGCAAACGCAUCAAUUAACCGAGAAAAGUGAUGUUUAUAGCUUUGGAGUAGUUCUUGCAGAGCUUCUAACAGGUGACAAACCUCUUGAUUUUAACAGGCCAGAAGAGACCAUUAGUCUUGCUAUGCACUUCUUGUCUUGUUUAAAACAAGAUAAACUUUUUGAAGCUAUUCAAGUUGGAAUUUUGAAUGAUGAUAACAAGGAAGAGAUUAAGGAGGUUGCUAUUCUUGCAGCAAGGUGUUUGAGACUUCGAGGAGAGGAAAGACCUAGUAUGAAGGAAAUAGCUAUGGAGUUGGAUGGUAUAAGGUUAAAGGAGAUGCAUCCAUGGAAUGAUACAGAGCUAAAUUUUGGGGAAAGCCAACGCUUACUUCAUGAGGCAUCUUCUAGCUUUUAUGAUGAAACUGAUAGCUAUAACCUUGGAUAUAGUGGGGUAUGAUGAUAGCUUGAAAGAUCAACCGUUAAUUGCCGAGGAUGAUGGAAGAUGAUUGUGACAUGUCAAAAUAUAGGUUAAAUUAUAUUUUUUAUCCCUUAACUACUUAGGUAGUAUCGCUUUGGUCCCUUAAUUAAAAUUUGAUUUAUUUUGAUCCCUUAACUUCUAUACAUUAUACAUUUUGUUUAUUUCCGUUAGUUUCAAUUCAAAAACGUUAGAUUUUCUUCGUGUUCUUCUCCUCUUUUUCAUCUUAAUAUCUUCUCCAUCAACCUUCAAC